CAUGUUACAGUACAGGUUUUCUCUUAUGGAGCUUGUGUUUAUAAAAGUGCUACCACACCCUGACCUCAUUCUUCACAGGAAUAACCUAGUUUCCAAGGAACGGGGUCAGAAUGAUUAAAGGCAAAGCAUUUUGUGUGGUGCUCUGGAAAAGCAAAUUAGCCAUUCACUUCUGGAGGGCAAACUCAGAUUUGGCUUUGGAUCACAGUUAAAAAAGAGCUUAAUGUUCAGAUGAAUAAGAAAUAAAAAUGGAUGACUGGUGGCGUGAGUUGACUUUAGCUUGAAGAUGGCAUCAUGCCUUUAUGAAUGCCUUUGUGAGGCAGAACUUGAAAAAUACUAUCCCCAUUUUGCUGCCUUUGGUCUUCAGAAGAUUGAUGAGCUUGCCAAAGUUUCCACGAAAGAUUAUACCAAACUAGGGGUCCAUGACAUGAAUGACCGCAAACGCCUCUUUCAGCUCAUUAGAAUAAUCAAAAUUAUGCAGGAGGAAGACAUUGCAGACUUAAGCAAGCAAGAUUUUCAACGAAGUGGCCUUUUCGUUCAGCCUCAGGUGACCAGAUCAGGUCCCCGUAGACAGCUGCAUUUUGAGUCCUUCUUUGAAGAAAAUGAUGGAACAGUUAAAGACUCUGAAUCUGAAUCAUAUGGUUCAUCUGAUUUCAGUGCUAAUGAAGAGAAGAACAGUGUAGGGGAAAUGUUGGGACACAUUCAACCACAUGAUUCAGAGCGGAUCAGAUUAACUAGAAGAGACCUAAGUACUUCUGGAAUAUGCACAAAAAAGGACCUGAGCUGUCCAACAGUUUCUGAUGAUAUUGCUCCUCUCCUGGGGGAUUCUGAAGCUCCUAUUGUACAAAGAAUAACUCAUAUUUCAGGGUAUAAUUAUGGACUACCACAUUCCUGUGUCAGAUCCAGUACUUCUGAGAAAGAGACUCCAUGGACAGAGAGUGAAAAAAUCAGAGUGUGUGUCCGAAAACGUCCUCUAGGCCUGAGAGAGGAGCGACGUGGGGAGGUUAAUAUCAUCACAGUGAAAGACAAAGAAACCCUACUUCUUCAUGAGAAGAAGGAGGCGGUUGAUCUCACUCAAUAUAUUUUACAGCAUGUUUUUUAUUUUGAUGAAGUCUUUGGGGAGUCAUGUACCAAUCAGGAUGUCUAUAUGAAGACAGCUCAUCCUCUCAUUCAGCAUAUUUUUAACGGAGGCAAUGCAACCUGCUUUGCAUAUGGGCAGACUGGUGCUGGCAAGACUUACACUAUGAUAGGUACUCACCGGAACCCAGGACUCUAUGCCUUGGCUGCCAAGGACAUCUUUAGACACCUGGAAGCAUCACAGUCAAGGAAAGAUCUCCUUGUUUUGAUCAGUUUUUAUGAGAUCUACUGUGGACAGCUUUAUGACCUGCUAAAUGGAAGGAAGAGACUUUUUGCAAGAGAAGAUAGCAAGCAUGUUGUUCAAAUAGUUGGACUGCGGGAGGUUCAGGUGGACUCUGUAGAUCUACUAUUGGAGGUGAUUUUGAAGGGGGGAAAAGAACGUAGCACAGGAGCUACUGGAGUCAACUCAGAUUCUUCUCGAUCUCAUGCUAUCAUCCAAAUCCAAAUUAAAGACACAGCCAACAGGACAUUUGGAAGGAUAUCAUUCAUUGACUUGGCUGGCAGCGAAAGGGCAGCUGAUGCCAGAGACUCAGAUCGACAAACAAAAAUGGAAGGAGCAGAAAUAAACCAAAGUCUUUUAGCACUAAAGGAAUGCAUUCGGGCAUUGGAUCAGGAACAUGCGCAUACUCCUUUCCGGCAAAGCAAAUUAACUCAGGUGUUAAAGGAUUCUUUCAUUGGCAAUUCCAAGACGUGUAUGAUUGCCAAUGUAUCACCUAGCCACAUAGCUACAGAGCAUACCCUGAACACUUUACGAUAUGCUGACAGGGUCAAAGAGCUGAAGAAAGGGAUUAAAUGUUCAACCCCUGUCACAAACAGGCAUCGGGCAGCUGGAAACGUAUCUCCAAAACGUGUCCAAAACUCUCCCUCUCUGCCACCUGGGGAAAAGAGCUCUCCAAAGAAAGUGAAGCUAGGCCUCCAGCAUCCCUCAAGUGCUACAAAAACAAAGGCUUGUCCUGCAGUACUCCAGCCACCAAGUGUCCCUUUUACCUCUACCCCCAGGGGAAUCAACAAAGGACAUGCCUACAAAGGAAAUCCCAGCUCAUCGUGGUUCCACCACACUAGCCCAGUUAAGGGAGUCCUACGGCUAGCACAUCCCCUAAAGAAGAAAACUGAUGAUCUGUCCCCCCACUCUGAAAAGAACCCCACUGCAAAGGAUUUCAUCAUCAAAAAUGCUGCCAUGGCAGAAACAAAAGAGAGUGGCCAGAGAGACAAGUACAUCCAAGACAGACCACCUGUCCAGUGCCUGAAAGUCCAGACAGUGCAACCUGUUCAGAAACAGCUUGUUUCUAGAGAUGAUUUUUCCUCUGGAGAUGGAAAUCUGCCUUCCGAUGGCAGACAGGAAUGGGGAAACGCCUUUGCUAAACAAUGUGUUGAACCCUGGACAAAUCUGCCUCCAUUUCAGAAGGAAAGAGAAGAGCAUUUACGUCUUUAUCACCAGCAGUUUCAGCAGCCACCUAUUCUACAGCAAAAAUUGAACUAUCAAUCUCUCGAGAGGUUUUUAAUGCAAUACAAGCCCCAGGAGAUUCAAGUGAAGCAGGAGCUGAGCCGUACUCCCACAGAAAUACAGAGCAAAGAGGGGAUGCAGCUGGAAGAUCUGGAUGACAGUGAUUUCAGUGAAGAUUCUUUCUCACCUGUCUGUAGUCAAAAGAGCGUGAAAAGGAGAAACACCAGCAAAUGCAGUCAACAUUCAUUUUUCCUUCAUCAAAGAGAACAAGGAAAUGAAGAAGAGCAAAAAGGCCAAAAGCGACAGGAUUUAUUUUUUAAAUAUGCAAUACCCACUCAAGAACAUGAACUAGAUGACAGCUGGGAUUGUAGUGAGGGCAGCCCAAAGACAGAGGAAUCCAUUAAAAAUGCAGGCUGCAGCAAAACUCCAUCAGACUGGAGCUAUGACUUAACUAUUGAGUCCUCUCCAAGCAAUACUGCAGAAAAACCUUACUGCCUGCAGGAAGAUCCUGCUUGUAACUGGAAAAAUGGCAAUGAUUUCCUAGCUGAUCACAAACAGUACAAAUCCAAACACAGAUGUCUCGUUUACUCCAGUAAAGCCACCUUAACUCCAGAAAAGGGUGCUUCAAACUCAUAUGUUUCUCCUGUAUUGAAAUCAGGAACUCCAGAGUGCAAAGAGAUUGACUUCCAGCAUGAAGUGAAGGAAGAAUCCACUUUGGAUAGACAGGCUGCCCUUGCAGGAGAUGUAAAAUGGAAAGCUCAAAAAAAUGGAGUUAACCUCUGUGGAUCUUCCAGUUGUUCCUCAGAAUUCACUUCUGAGCUAAUGGCCCCUCUCACAGUAUCCCUUCUCGACUACAAGGAAACAACUGAUACAGAGAAAGUGUCUCCUAACCACGAGAAGUGCCCCUGUGUGAAGCAGAUGUCAGACAAGAACAUACAUAGCUCCCAGAACAGGUUUGAGGAAGAGGGCUGGCAGUGUACAAGAAGCAGAGCUCUGACAGACAGCAUGCUGGAACUGGGGGAGCAAAUGCGUCGCGGUGGAAGACACUGCGCCCUGCUGCGUUCCCCACAAACAGCGGACAAGUGGCUUUCACCCGCCUGCUGUGAUGUGAAGGCAUGCUGCUGCCUUCUGGGCUCAGGUUCACCAAAGCAAGGAGUUGUUCACAGUUUAUUUGUUGGAUGUGACCCGACAGAAAUAUCCGCAACUAAAUCCACGGGCUCCAGGGGAGACAGAGAGGGUAGUUCGUUUCUCAGUAACUCAAUGUGCAAAGAAUACUCAGGUGGCAGACACUGUGAUGCUGAUGUUAAAGAUAAUACUGGUAAUUCAGGAGAAUCUAACUCAAAUCAAGGAUCUAGUGUUGAGCCCGUGGCUCAGGAAAUAAAUGCUGAUAUACCUGAAAAGAGCUAUUUUUCAGGUGCCUCAUGCUUUCUCAGUGUGGGCCAUACAGAUUACCGAGUCCAGUCUCCCUCUCACGAAAGCAGCCUGCUGUUGCAGCCCAAGUCAGGACUGAGGAAUGAGGACUUCAGUCAUUCUGAAGACCCAGCCAAGUCAACGUUCAGCAGUGAGGAGAUAGAGUUGCUGAAAAACAAGUUAAUGCAGAGUAUUUUUACACAAGAGACUUUUUCUGCAGAUUCAGGAUUUGCAAUCAAAGAUAAUAAGCCAUUAGCAAAUUUAAAGAGCCCCUCAGGCAUGUCCAGCAGCAGCUCUCCGAGUGCUACAUCAGAGAUGGGAAAAUGGCAGAGGGAAGCCCUAGGAAAGGCACAGCAGGACGUAAUUCAGGCCCAUCGGCAGCAGCUGGAUGAAAUGGCAUCUUUGUGCUUCAAGGAAGAGUGCUUGAUAAAUCAGAUAGCAGCAAUGGAUUUUCAGAACUUCAUGACCAAGCUGGAUGAAAUCUUGGUGCUGAAGUCAAAGUGUAUCCAAACGAUGCGAGCCCAGCUUCAGCUCUAUUUAGCCUCUUCUGGCACUGACAUGUCCCUGCAAACACCUCCGCCAGUUUAGACCUUCUUUGCUUACACAUGCAGAAGAACAGCUAUGGAAACAGCCAGUGUUUCGCCACACUUGGUGCUGCAGAGUGUGGGUGGAUAGGGGAUAGCUUUUGGUUUGAUGUUUGUGAUUAGUGUGUGUUUUAGCUAAGGAUGGAGAGAAUUCUGAGCAAAUGAGAGAUGACUACUUGGCACCACAAGCUUUUGUAUUUCCUUAAUACCAGUAAGCCAUGUUCUUAAGAAUAAUAAUUCAGCAGCCUUUAAAUAUCUCACCAAGCAGCAGACAGUGCUGUCCACAGUAUUCAUGGCAGCUUCUCACAUGUUAAAGGCACUUCAGUGUUGCCAAGAAAAUGAGGGGGAAAGAAGAAAGCACUUUGAAGCCAGAUACAGGUCUGAACAGAAAUGCUCAAAAGCUAUCCAGAAAAGUGUUUGCAAACAGAAGCCAGGAAAGAGAGACGAGCCACUGUUUGUUAAGCACACUAAUGUAACUAGACUCUAAGUAAAUGGAAGUCAAGGCAGGGCGAGAAGUGCCGUCACUUUCAGAAGAAGGAAGGCUGUCCUCACAUUUGUUCUUUGCUUGGGAUGACGACUCCAAAGCUCCUGAAAGAGGUGGGUUAAAUCAUGGGUAAUGAGUGGGGUAGUAAGGACUUUGCACCAAAGCUUCAUCUAGCAUGUUAAUAAGCAUGUGGGUUUCAUACCUGCUGCCAACAGUGAGAGGCCAACAGCUUACCCGCUGCAAACAAUGUCUGAUCUCUGCACUAUGGCACAGCUGUAGAGCGCUCAUCGUCUGGACUGACAGAACGGAUUUUUCACAUCAAAAGAGGGUCUGGUUAGAGGCAGUAGGAUGUCAGAAGCUGCCAACAGUGCUGUUAUGUGAAGCUGGUAUUUGAAUCAAAAACUACAGAACGAUCAGCUGGAGCCCUGCAAAAGCUCCGCUGCUGCAUGCAUCACGACUGAACCACAAAACAAGUCCACUUGCUGAAGCCACAAGUGACCUUGAAACAUGCUCAGCUGACAAUGUGCUGUGUGAGUGCUCCCACUCCAAAAUUAGGGCUGUCACAGCACAUUCGGCCAUCUUGGCGUCUCCUCAGUAAUGCCUGUAGUAGCUGCAUCAAAGCCUGCUCAGUAGCCAGAAAUGCCAAGGGUAAGGGAACACUGCUGUCUGACCAGCUGUGAAUUUUACUGCCUGCUUCUUCAGCUACCCCAAAGAGCCCAGGUUUGGCUGAGCAGCCAUACACUAAUUGCAGUGACACUCGGUUAUCUGGGUUGCAUACUUGGUGCAAAUGUUCCCAGGAAUGUCACACAGCAUAGCCCUGCGGAACAGAAGUGCAAGGGGUGGACUUGUCACAGAAGAAGAAAGUCCUAUAUCAAUGCCCUGACUAUUGGGGUUUUUUUAGUACUGGUUAGUCUCCAUCUAGCAACUGAGGCUGGAUUACUCUGUGGAGCAGAGAGCAGUCCCUCCAGGGUCUGAGUUUAUGAGUCUCAAGGUGGUUCCUGUGUCCAGGCUACAGGCCAGAAGCAAGUCACACCUGAACCCAGGUCUCCCUUUUCAGAAGCCUCCCCACCCUGAGAAAUGAGGCUUCUAGGAGCAAGACUCUUAGUGUCAGCAGUAUUUUGGUAUUUGUGCACACCACAGAACAGUCAUGCUUGACAGCCACCAGAGAGCUAUAAAGCAGUGGCACACCCAGUGCCUUGUUAAAACCAUGGAGGGAAGAGUAGGCAUUAAACUGAGCUUUCCCUUUAGAACAAGCAACUCUUAGAAAGCCUCCCUCCACCUCCUAGGGCCAGGGAGAGCUCUCCCGUGCAUAAGGUGAGGAGAACAAGUUGCAGUUGGGUAGUCCUUGUACCUUCUGAAAGCAUAAAUGAAAGCACUUAGAGUAGUUUCCCCACCACUUUCUCAGCAAGCACACAGAAAAUGGCUAUCGGAGAGCUGCUGAGAAGUUUUGCAACUUCGUUUGGAGCUGAGGAAAUGGUCGGGGUGUAGUAUAUGUGCACAGGUCACAGGAAAAUGAGAUGUCCAGCCAGUAACGCAAUGCUAGGGAGGGAAACUUUCCUCCACGUACUCUGACAUCUGGGAGACCAGUAUUCGUUAAUUGUACUUUCAGGUUUUUUUAAAGAGCAGCUCAGCACAGUACAUUCACAGGCAUUUUCAGUCCCUUACCAAAGCUGGCCAUUUCUAAAGCAACACACAAGGAAGAACCAUUCGCACAACCAGUGGUGCCAUGUCCUAACCUCAGUAUUUUCAGCAGUAGUUGUAACGAGACAGAUGAGUGACCAAAAAUUUCCAUGAGCAGAGGAAAUGGGAGUUAAGUCAGCUACCAAAUUUGAGCCACUUGUAAGGCCUGUCUGGUCUACUGUGCAAAAGGCAAGUCCAAACCCCAGUGCAAGUUCCCAGAGCAGGAACUAUUCACGCCCUGGAGGAAUGGCCAGGAACAGUGAGAAACAACAAAUAAACAGAACAACAACAAAGCAGUUUUCCAAGUUCUGAUAAUCUUUUUUAAACUGGAGCCAUCCAGCCAAUCCACAAGAGUAUACCUUGUUAAAUAUAAGAUUUUAUCAUCAGUCUGUCCUCAGAAUUUUAUUUUUCCCUACUGAAUGUGAGACUUGACUAAAAUAAAAAAAAUAAAGCAGCCCUGGCUGUGAAAAGCCACCCAUCCUUGGCAAUAACAGGAGUACAGAAAAGCUUGAAGUGCUGCAUGCCCAGGGGAUACCAAAACUGGGCUCCUAGUGCGCAACAGAAACCACCAAAGCUGUUGUCAAAAAUGGUAACGUUUUUCUCUCCACUCUUACAAUUACCUAGAUGCUGCUUUAAUUCUUGUGUGAAAAUGUGCUAAAUGAGCAUUUUAGAAGUGUCACCCCCUUCCUGCUCUUUGAUAUUGCGCUGACAACUGAUGUGAAUGGUGUUCAUUUCAACUUGAAUGUAUGUGAAAGUGUGUGUCAUUACAGCAGUCUAAGAGAUCAAGAGAGCCUGGCCAUGUACAAUCAAAUAAAUACAGAACUAAAAUGGGUUCACUUUUGGAUUCAGGUGCAACAAAGACUAGUAAUGCUCAUGGCAGAUGCUUGAUAUUUUAUUUGAGUAAUUUACAUUAUUUAAAAUAAAAUUCAAUUUACUACAGAA